UUAUUUUCAACAAAUAACAUUUAUAUAUAAUUUUUAUUAUACAAAUCAUUUCCUAUUAAAAUAUAUCAUUGGUCACAUUUUAACUUGAUUGACAAAAAAACUCAAAAAUGCCAAUGUUUUAAGGGACGGAGAAUAAUUAAAUCGGUAACAAUAUUUUUUAUUUUGUCUCACUAGGUUUUGGGAUAAGCUUUUUGUCGUUGGUUGCUGGAGUAACAUUGAUAUAUUUCUUCUUCAAAAAAAGAAGGCUCGUAAAACUUCGAGAGAAAUUCUUCCAACAAAAUGGCGGUUUAAUCUUGAAAGAAAGAAUAACAGCCAUAGCAGAUGGUGCCAGAGUAGAUGCUGCAAAAAUUUUCACCGCCAAGGAGUUGAAAAGAGCCACAAACGACUACUCACGUGACCGUGAACUCGGUCGUGGAGGAAACGGCAUCGUUUACAAGGGCAUACUACAUGAUAAUCGCGUAGUAGCCAUCAAGAAAUCCAAAACCAUGGACGAGAGCAAAAUCAAAGAAUUCAUCAAUGAGGUGGUCAUCCUCACUCAGGUCAACCACCGGAAUGUGGUCAAACUCAUAGGCUGUUGUCUGGAGGUCGAAGUUCCGGUGUUGGUCUACGAAUACGUCUCCAAUGGCACUCUCUACGAACACAUACACAAACUUGGUGGUAGCUCCGAUUGGCUUUCAUGGGAGAUGCGAUUAAGAAUAGCCGCGGAAACCGCCGGCGCACUCGCCUACCUCCAUUCAUCGGCCGCAAUACCUAUAUACCAUCGAGAUGUAAAAUUGUCGAAUAUAUUACUAGACGAUAAUUACAUCGCAAAAGUUUCUGAUUUUGGCGCGUCCAGAUUAAUGUCUUUGGACCAAACCCACAUAGCCACUUUGGCCCAAGGGACGCUCGGGUAUUUGGACCCGGAAUACUUUCAAACAUGUCAGUUGACUGAAAAGAGCGAUGUCUAUAGUUUUGGAGUAGUUAUAUGUGAGCUUCUGACUGGAUUGAAACUGAUUUCAAGUGAAAGAGGUGAGGAUGACAUGAAUUUGGCAGCAUACUUUGUCAGAUCCAUGGAAAAGAAUAAUUUACUUAACAUUCUGGAUAAACGUGUUUUGAAGGAAGCAUCAUUGGGGCAAGUGGAGAGAGUUGCAGAGCUUGCAGUGGAAUGUGUUAACUUGAAUGGCAAACAUAGGCCUACGAUGAAGGAAGUUGCGAUGGAGCUUGAAAGGCUGAGAAAUUUCAAUGAAGGGACAUAGAAUCGUGAAUUGCCAAUCCCAUAAGAAGAUGUUAUUGUUGUUGGUCAAGUGGCUGGUCAAAAUGGUUCUUCAUCAUUCUCAAACCUUUGCACGCUUCAUUAUGACAACAAAUCGAACCAACAACAUUAUACUCCGUAUAUGUUUAUCGAUUUUAUGGUUUUUUCACACUAGACCAUUAUGUUGUGACAUUGUUUUAAUUACGGUUCCUCAAUCGUUGUCUCAUUGAAACUUGUGAAAUACAUAUGCAAUUUUAU